AUCCCAGCCAUGUCUCUGCUUUAUGGUGGUGUGCAAAUGGAUGUUUGAUUCUCAGCAACUAUGAACUUCUGCAAGACAUUUAAAACUUUGUGGAUUCAAUGAAACUUGUUCAAAAGGGUCGUUCUUUUUCCUCUACUUCCGAGUCAUUAUCAUCUCCAAUUCGAUGGAUCUCUCCUCUCCAAUCUGUCAAAAACACUACCGAGAAACUGGAUUCUCCUGUCGAGGCCUCAGACACUGUUGUAGGAGUGUCAAGAAGCAAGUUCAUAACACACGCGUCUACCGUUGACUUGAUAAAACGUCAGAAAGAUCCAGAACAUGCUCUAGAAAUUUUUAAUAGGGCAGCAGAGCAGAAGGGUUUUAGUCAUAACAAUUCCACUUAUGCUGUUAUUCUCCAUAAGCUUGCACAGUGCAAGAGAUUCAGGGCUGUUGACAGAGUGCUUCAUCAAAUGACUUAUGAAACUUGCAAGUUCAAUGAGGGCAUAUUCAUUAAUCUCAUGAAGCAUUUUUCAAAGUCCUCUAUGCCUGAUAAGGUACUACAUAUGUUCUAUGCAAUUGAACCAAUUGCUCGUGAAAAGCCUUCUUUGAAAGCCAUCAGUACAUGUCUUAAUUUACUGGUUGACGAGAACCAGAUUGAUCUGGCAAGGACAUUUCUCUUGGAUGCUCAGAAGAACCUCCACUUAGAGCCCAACUCGUGCAUUUUCAACAUCCUGGUUAAAUAUCACUGCAAGAAGGGGGACAUUGAAUCUGCAUUUGAAGUGGUGAAACAGAUGAGGUCGGCUGAAAUAUCUUAUCCUGACUUGAUCACCUAUUCAACUCUUAUGGAUGGUCUUUGUAGUUGUGGAAGGUUGGAAGAAGCUGUUCAAUUGUUUGAGGAAAUGGUUUCGAAAGAUCAGAUAUUACCGGAUGCUUUAACUUACAAUGUUUUGAUAAAUGGCUUCUCUCGUGCUGGAAAAGCUGAUAGAGCUAAGAAGAUAAUGGACUUCAUGAAGAAAAAUGGGUGCAACCCAAAUGUAUUUAAUUACUCCUCUCUCAUGAAUGGUUUUUGUAAGGAAGGAAGGUUGGACGAUGCCAAGGAGGUAUUUAAUGAGAUGAAGGCUGCUGAGCUGAAGCCUGAUACGGUUGGUUAUACAACCUUAAUAGAUUGUUUAUGUAGGGCUGAUAGAGUUGAUGAAGCUGUUGAGUUACUCAAAGAGAUGAAAGGAACUGAGUCCAAAGCUGAUGCAGUUACAUAUAAUAUUAUACUUGGAGGACUUUGCCGAGGAAACAGAUUUGAUGAGGCUCUCGAUCUGAUUGAGAGGUUGCCUUAUCAGGGUGUCAGUCUAAACAAGGCAAGUUAUAGGAUUGUGUUGAACUCCUUAUGCAAGGAAAGUGAACUGGAUAGGGCAACAGAACUUGUUGGCUUGAUGCUUGUCAGGGGGUUUCUGCCACAUUUUGCCACCUCAAAUGAGUUUCUGGUUUCUCUGUGCGAGGCUGGAAAAGCAGCCAAUGCUGUUGUUGUAUUAUUUGGGUUGGUUGAGAUGGGCUUCAAACCAGAGCCUCAUACAUGGGCUCUGUUAGUUGAUGUGUUUUGCAGGGAGAGAAAACUAUUGCCUACAUUUCAAUUACUUGAUGAAUUAGUCAGCAAGGUUGGCCAUUGAAGUGCAUAUGGGUCUUGAGGCAAAAA